AGUACCAACAUGGCAGCUUUCUGAGUUUUGGAGGAGGAGAGCUGGUGUAAAUACAGAGAAUUUAAGCGUUUCUGAGACGAGGACAGGGUCAGGGAGCCUGAGCUCGAGACUUAUUGGAUUGUCGGCGGAAAAUGUCGAGCGACGGGAACAAGAAACAGUUCUGGAAAAGAAACGCAGCCAAGGUUCCUGGCAGUAUUCAGCAUGUUUACGGCGCACAGCAUCCACCUUUUGACCCGCUUCUUCAUGCCAAUCUAAUCAAAGCAGGAAACAAACCCCCUCCGGCCACGCCAGGCAAGCCAAAGAAAGCCACCACCUUCCAGGAGUUCGAGAGCAUCACCAGCGACGCCUGGGAUGUCGGCGACGAUGACGACGAGCUGCUGGCCAUGGCUGCACAGAACCUUAACAUUGAGGUUGUCAUGGAGACGGCGAAUAAGGUGAUUGAGAAUCACAGCAAGCAGCAGGAGAGACGGAGGCAAGACGACACGACAGAGCCGGGUCAGGGAGAGGAAGACGCACAGGAGGAGGUGGCGGUGGAGGAGGAGGAAGAGGAAGAGGAAGAUGAGUAUCUCAGAGUGGAGGAAGUGGAGGCAAUCAGCCCAGAUGCAUCAUUUGCCUCUCAGGGCAGCCCUUACGCUGAUAGCCGUCUGGUGAAAUCCCACAGUGAAGCUCCAAUUGGGUCACCUAGAGAUGCGGCGGGCGAGCGCGCCGGCCUCCACAGACAGAGGUCUCUGCCCCAUCGGCCGCCCGUCAUCCCAUUAGUGGCUCGCAUGGCUGACCAGAACACAUCUGGCACCCCGGCCAUGACCGAGAGGGAAGCAUCCCGCCUGGAUAAGUUCAAACAGUUGCUGGCGGGGCCCAACACAGAUCUGGAGGACCUGCGGAAGCUCAGCUGGUCUGGAAUCCCGCGACAAGUUCGACCGAUAGCCUGGAAGCUUCUUUCUGGUUAUCUGCCUGCCAACGCAGAGAGGCGAGAAAGCGUUCUACAGAGGAAGAGACAAGAAUAUUUCGGCUUCAUCCAGCAAUACUACGACUCGCGCAAUGAUGAGCACCAUCAAGACACAUACAGACAGAUUCACAUUGACAUACCGAGAACUAAUCCUCUUAUUCCUCUUUUCCAACAAGCUUCUGUCCAAGAGAUAUUUGAGCGGAUUCUGUUCAUCUGGGCCAUCCGGCAUCCGGCCAGCGGCUACGUGCAGGGCAUCAACGACCUGGUCACGCCGUUCUUCGUCGUCUUCGUCUUCGAGUACAUCGAGGAGGAAGUGGAAAACUUUGACGUGUCCAGUCUCCAGGAAGAGGCUCUGAGGAACAUUGAGGCUGACAGCUUCUGGUGCAUGAGCAAACUGCUCGACGGCAUCCAGGACAACUAUACAUUUGCUCAGCCAGGCAUUCAGAGGAAAGUCAAGGCCCUUGAGGAGCUGGUCAGCAGGAUUGAUGAGUCUGUGCACCGCCACAUGCAGCAGUACGAGGUGGAGUACCUGCAGUUCGCCUUCCGCUGGAUGAACAACCUCCUGAUGAGGGAGCUGCCGCUGCGGUGCACAAUCAGACUGUGGGACACGUAUCAGGCGGAACCUGAAGGCUUCUCUCACUUCCACCUGUACGUGUGUGCUGCCUUCCUGGUGAGGUGGAGGAAAGAGAUUCUGGAGGAGCGGGAUUUUCAGGGCCUGAUGAUCCUGCUGCAGAACCUCCCCACGAUGCACUGGGGCAACGAGGAAGUGAGCGUGCUGCUGGCCGAAGCCUACAGGUUGAAGUUCGCCUUCGCCGACGCGCCCAACCACUACAAGAGAUGAUGAGAGCGUCUCCACCUCCUCGUCCUCUUCCUCAUCCUUCGCCGCCUGCUGGACUCACAGGCUCCUCCCAUUUUCCUAACCACUCCCCCCUCAUUUUAUUUUAUUUUUUAUUUUUUUGCCCAUAUUUCCAGUGGGCCUUUCCGCUACUAAGAGAUUCAAAUCAAACAGUGACUUGAUGGUGUAGCAUUUUGACACGAUGAUCCGGAGCCUUUUCUUUUUAAAUGAUCUCUAUGACCGGCACUGAAACGUGCGUUCAUUCUCAGUCUGAUGCAGAAACAGAUCAUUAAUACUGAUGAUUGCAAGUUUGUUGUUUUUCUUUUUGUCGUUGAACAACCACACAGCUUGAUGCAGGAUCAUGAACAGUUCCCCCACACCGCCUGGGGUUAAAAUCUGCAUCAUUUUACACUACCAUAGCAAUACUUAGUUUAUUUUGCUCCCCUUGGCAAAAUAAAACCCCUUAUUUAGUGUAUAAAUAUGAAGAAAGACAGCAGAAGGACACUUUUUUUCUUCUUUUUAUUAAUAGAGGAUUUACAAAUCUUGAAGGCGUCUGCAGUUUUUUUUUUUGCGACAUGAGGGGGAAACUGAUUCAGUCGGUUUCCCAGGUUCCGACGGCACAGAUCGGGUUCCGAGAAUCCAGCACUCAGCAAAUUGCUCUCCCUUUUAUCCUCCCCUCCUCGCUUCCUCCCGCUCAUCCUCUCACACUCCCCGUACAUUAGAGUGGAAGGUAAAAACGGCGUCCGGAGAAGCUCACCCCACGUUCAAAAUGAUAACACGGUCAGGAUGGAGAGGGGCCGACUUUGUCUUAGGUCGCCUGUUCACAAAGGGCUACGUCUCGCCACCAGCUCGCUACCUCAGAUCUCACUAAAUUUGUCAUUUCAGAGCGACGGGGGACAAAAGAUGUUUUGGAUUUUUCUCGUUUUUCAGUUCCACUAAGAUGUCUUUCUAAUUUACUAGAGUGAAAUCCUGCUAAUUCUAGAAUAAAGCGUCUGAACUGAGGUUAGCAUAAACAGUUUAUCCAUCUAAACGCCUCAAAAUCUGUGAUGUAGUUAAAAAUGGGAGCCCAGGCGUCCGUCUUUAGCCAUGUCUUUUACUUUUUAAAGCAGAAGAAAUGUUAGAUAGUUGCUCCUAUUUUGCACUGGAGCUGGAGGGUAAAUAUUUUUGGAUCAAAUCAGGAAUAUUUGCUAUGAUGAAAUGUAAUUGAAAAUAGUCGAGUCCUGAGUUCAGAUCUGUCAUUUGCAGUCUGUCUGUUCAUAUCAUGUAAAAUAUACACAGUCCUCAAGAUGGAAAUGUGCAGAGUUUUCAGUUCUUCUAAUCCAAGUUUUAAAAAUAUCGAUAGAGUUGUUUGCUAUAAACUUAUGGCAGAAAUGUCGAUAGAGGUCAGUACGGGAGGGGAUUAUGGCCACUGGAGAAAAAAAAUAUAUAUACUUUUUUUAAAAUCAGAAUUUAUUUUCCUUACACUCAGAAUUCUGACAUUUU